UGAUAAGAACACGAUAUUAUAUUUUUCAUUUUUAUUAUUUUGAAUUUUCUGUGGUUUUUUUGACAAAUACAUUUCGAUAAUUUGUGGUCACGUUGUUCAAUAAUAUUCGGAAAUAUGGUUGUAACCAACGACCACGAGUUGCCGACGUACGAAGAAUUGACGGUGGAAGAAGUGCCCAUCAGCUCGCCGGGUCUCCGUGCCGCUGCUCAUCAUAUUGGAAAAUAUUGCCUGGAUGUAAACGAUGAGUUUAUGAUGUGCAAGCAAGAAACUAAAGAUCCACGUAAAUGCUUGAACGAGGGCAAGGCGGUCACUAGCUGUGCGCUUGAAUUCUUUAGGAAGCUGAAAGGAAAUUGUUUUGAUGAGUUUCAAAUUUAUAGCAAUUGUAUCGACAAAUCCAGUAGUCGCAUGGAUUUUGAACCAUGUCGCAAGACACAAGCGGUGUACGACAAAUGCGUGUUUGAAAAAAUGGGAAUAGAGCGACCAGAGCACGGAUUCUUUUGUAAAGCUCGUGUCUACACUGGAAAUCGUCCGAAGCCUCCAGUUGAGGAACCACAAGUGUUUGGUGAUCUGCCAAUUGGUCUCAAAGACUUUAAAGAAGAAGAACGGCCACCCGCAAAAUACGGACAACGUAAUUGGUUUAUCAAGUAAUCUAUCUGUAUGUUUAAAGUUUACAGUUUAAUAUUAUUACUUAUUAGUGUUUGUAAAAAAAAAAAAAACAGUUAUUAUUAUGAGAUCAGAAAUUGUAUAUUCAUUUAAUUUUCUCGCUGUAGACAAUUGAAAGUAUAAAUAUUUUAUAAAAAAAAAAUAAAUAAAUAAAGUAUUUAUUACAUGA